GACAUGAACGAGUUCGUGAACACCGUUGCGGAUUUCAUUAACCUUCAGUUCCUGAACGAUGCCGACGCGUACUGCGCAACGGAGACCUUUGAAGUUGAGUUUGUGAAGUACGGGACUCCGGUGUGGGCUUGGCCCCAGAAGAAGGAGUCGGUCCGCCAGUCCAUCCGGCGCAUUUCCGUGUCUGUGCACACUCUGGUGGACAUGACGACUCGCAAGUCCACCUACAAUGUGGUCCCUGCUCAAGCGCUGAUGGAGCUCUUCCUCUCCGAAGAAGGUGGAAUCCACAGGCAGGUCUUUGGGCCGCAGCUGAUGACGCAGUUCCAUGCCAUGAAGGAGAUCCUUCUUGCAGGGGAUACGAACCGCUUGGUGGCUGAGCUCACAUUUGUAAGAAUCAACGACCUCGCUGCGCCACCAGAUCCGACCCACCCGCUGCUGUACAUCGAGCCGUUUGUGGGCGUUCUCAUCGUCGCCAAUGGGAUCAUGAUAGGCUUUCAGACGGAUCCGCUGUAUGAAGAUUGGAGCGGAUGGACCUACAUCGAGACGACCUUCGCUGUCAUCCUGCUCAUCGAGAUCGGACUUCGCAUGCAUUUGCUCCGCUGUCGCGGGUACUGGGCUGGCGAUGAGCGUAUUUGGAACUGGUUCGACAUUUUUCUGGCCUUGAGUGGCAUCACGGAUGUGGCUCUGCAGUGGGUGACGCAGACAGAUUCCGACAUGUUCGGUACCUCACUGCUUCGCUUCUGCCGGCUCAUCCGUCUCGCAAGAAUUGUGAAGGUCUUCCGACUGAAGUUCAUGAAAGAUCUGCGCCUGAUGGUGAAGGGCUGGAUUGCGGGAAUUCGCACCCUUGCCUUGGCUUUCACACUGCUCUUCGUGGUUCUCUAUGUGAUCUCAGGCUUUGCGACGAUGACGAUAGGCAGCAGUCAGCUCACCACCGAUGUGGGGCUUCAGGUUUACUUUGACACCAUCCCGGCUGCCAUGUUCACAGCAUUCCGAUGCUUCACCGGCGAGUGCGUGAAUGAAACAGGCCAUUCGAUCACAUCGAUCCUGGGCGCGGAGUUUGGCGUAUCCUUCAUUCUUCCCUUCGUGGCAAGCUACAUGCUGGUGACCAUGGGCAUCUUCAACGUGAUCUUGGCGGUUUACGUGGACAUCACCAUGAAGGCUGCCAAGGAGAACGAGGCCGUCACGGCUGAGCAGUAUGCACGAGAGUCGAUACGGAUCGCACGGCUGACGCGAGAACUGCUGAAGAAGUUUGCUGCUGCUCACAGAGACUUCCUCCAGAUGGACCAGAAAACCUUCGACUUCUCGCAAGUCGAGAUCAAAUCAGUUCCGGCCCUGUUCACUGACGACGAUGUCCACAGCGACAUUGAGAUCUCGAAAGACCUCUUCUUGUUGGUUAUCCAAGACCGUCAGGUGCAGGUGUUGAUGGACGAGUUGGACCUCCCUCCAGAGCGGGCCACCUUGUUCGAAGUGAUCGAUGCCGAUGGCAGUGGUACCCUGCAGAUCACAGAGCUCGUGCAAGGGCUCUUGAAAAUCCGUGGCGACAUCAGCAAAAGCGACACCGUCGCUGCACUCUUGGCCACGAAGGCCGUGCAGCGCAUUGUCGAGGAGAUGAAGGGAGAGACGCGAACCGACUUGCAAAGCUUGCGCUUCGAUUUUUGCAGUCAGAUUGAGGACAGCAGCAGUUUCCUGUCCAGAAUUCGGCCCAGGGAUGUUCGGGUCCAGGGCUCCAGGAUUUAG